CUAAAUGAAGCAGUAAAAUGGCAGGUUGGCGGGGUCGAGGAGGUUAAACUUGCCGUCCUGGCCGUAUUUGGCGCCUGGCAGAGAGCCCUCGCGCGUGUGGAUCUUGGCCUGGAUGGCCUCCAUGGCUCUAGCGAAUUCGCGCACGGCAGGUGCAGCAUACUGACCGAGGUCGAGGGACUCGUACGAGUACAUCAGAGAACAGGGACGAUGGAGGGGGCGCACAUACGCUGAGCCAACAAGUAAGUCUGUAUAAGCAGAAAGGAAGAACACAGGCAGGCACCCUGCUUAAAAGUGCCCCGACCCCCCAAAUUCCACAUAUAUUGUGUGCAUACGCACGUUCCGUUCCGCGAGGAUAUCUUCCUUGGUGAGCUCGUCAUCGACUGUUUGGCUGAUGUAGUAGGGCUGGAGGUCGACGGAUUCGCCAGGCUGGGAGGGCAUGGGGUAGUGAAGGGUCAUCGGCUUGUGCGGAAGGGCAUACAUAUGCCAACUGAAGGAAGCAGCAACCGACAGGGAAGCAGGAUUUGAGACAUGCUCAUACGUGCCUGUCACAACUCUCUCCCCCUCCUCUUUGUGCGUAUACUCCCCCCUCCGUGCGUGCGUGACGCUAAUGCGUUGGUUCAUACGUGUCGUCCGCAUUCAUGGUGUGAUGGAGCGCCGCCGUGCGGUAGAUGCAGCUGGUCACCACUCUCACCACCUCAUCCAACGACCGGAAGGUGCCGGGGAAGCCGGGGAUGACGCCGGAAGUCGCCACACCCCACGACUGCAAUUCCCAGUCGGCCACCACGUCACCAUCGCUGAAGUAGUAAGCUGACAAG